CGCUCCCCUCGGCAGGGCGGCGGCCGCGCGGCAGGAAGCGGGCGCCGGCGGGUGAUGCCCGAGUGAGCGGGCGGCCCUGCCCACGAGGCGCCCACGCAGGCCGCGCGCCCAGGCUGGUUCCGGCCCCGCGGGGCGGCGUUGUCGGCGAGGCCCGCGACCCUGAAUGCCCCCGGGCCCGGCUCCUCCGGCGCGAUGGGGAAGGUGCUGUCCAAGAUCUUCGGGAACAAGGAGAUGCGGAUCCUCAUGCUGGGCCUGGACGCGGCCGGCAAGACCACCAUCCUGUACAAGCUGAAGCUCGGCCAGUCGGUGACCACCAUCCCCACGGUGGGCUUCAACGUGGAGACGGUGACUUACAAAAACGUCAAGUUCAACGUGUGGGACGUGGGCGGCCAGGACAAGAUCCGGCCGCUCUGGCGGCACUACUACACCGGGACCCAGGGCCUGAUCUUCGUGGUGGACUGCGCCGACCGCGACCGCAUCGACGAGGCCCGCCAGGAGCUGCACCGCAUCAUCAACGACCGGGAGAUGCGGGACGCCAUCAUCCUCAUCUUCGCCAACAAGCAGGACCUGCCCGAUGCCAUGAAGCCCCACGAGAUCCAGGAGAAACUGGGCCUGACCCGGAUUCGGGACAGGAACUGGUAUGUGCAGCCCUCGUGUGCCACCUCGGGGGACGGACUCUAUGAGGGGCUCACAUGGUUAACCUCUAACUACAAAUCCUAAUGAGCGUCCUCCACCCGGCCCCGGAAGGAGAGGAGCGAACCAUUCAUAGGAUUAUCGCCGCCGUCACCUCUUUCAAUGGCCACUUUCUCUUCUCUUCAAUUCGAACUCGGGAGUUACGGUUCUACGGUUUGGGGGCGGGUGAGGGGUUUUCUUUUUUGUUGGUUUCUUUUUCUUUUUUUUUUUUCUUUUCCGCUUUGCGUUAGAAUGCUCUGAUGUGACAUUUGACAUGAACACAAAGUGCUAGAUGCUCCUGUUGACUUCCAGCAAAUGGGAUGGGGGAAAUAUAGCAGUUCUUGGUAAAGUCCUUUAUAAUAAUGGUUUGAUUUUUUUAUUUCGAGAGAAUCUUUUUUCCAAUGUAUGCUUUUUUUCCUUUUUGCCCAGUUUUCCUAUCACCUGCUGUAGAUGGCUUAUUUUGCAUUCAUGCAGACUGUGUUGCAAGUCUGUUUCAUCUAGUAAACUGAAAAUUAUUGCUUAAUCAAACUGCCGUUUGUCUUUUAUAUUUAAGGCCUUUUCUCCCUCCCUUCUGAGUUUUAACUUUAACUUAGUAAUUUCGAAUGUGACCUUUUAUAUCUAAGACCAGUAUAGUAAACUUAGCCCACAGUGGCAAAUAAUGAGUAAUAUCAUUGUAAUAUAUUCCAGUUGCACAUCAGUGUGUCAAACAGGUAAUAUAAGAAGUUCUUUGAAAUGUCAGCUAUUAAAUUCUGAAGCAUACGUCAUGCAUGAGUAGGGAUAAAACUCAAGUUCCCCAUUACAUAGCUAACUUACACUGCAUAAAAAUAUGAAAGUGUAACUCGUCGAGGACACAGAUUUUUUUCACUGCGAAGUUAGCAACUUUGCUGUGUUUUCCCUCUUUUUUAACUUGAAAAAUAGACUCUUUCCAGGAAAUGGAGCAAUAACGGUGUAUGCCACACACACAUGAAAUAUUUGUAGAUAUCUUAAGUGACUUUUGGGCAAAACUGGAAUAUAUACUUUUACUAUGUUUCAAAUGUCUAAGACCAAUAGUUUUAAAAUUACCAGAAUGUUUACUUUGUUCAUUAAUAAAGCAUUUAACAAUUCAAAUUAUAUGCACCCUUUACCUAGUUGGAAAAAUACACGUUCCUGUUUUCACGUUGCAGCAACUGAUUAAGCUGAAGGUAGAAGUCUUUUUUAUAGAUGAGUGAUCCACAUCUCCGUUAAUUAGAACACUGGAAGAGAUGUUUUAUAAAAAGGGUAUUUAAUUCUGUUUGAUUGUAGGAUUAACUCAUGCAAGUAGUAAGUCAGAUAUCCUGUUGGUUCAAUAAUACACUUUCUCCUUUAAUGAAGGAAAUGUGAUGGAUGAAUGAUGUGUAGACUUGAGGAAUGACAAAGGGGAAGUGGGAGGAAGAGAAAGAACCUACAGAUGACGAUGAAUGUAAACUUAUUUUUCUGCAAGGGUAAGCAGUGUGCUCACUGGUGAUAUCCAGAUCCUAAGGAGAUUAUUUGCUUAGCUGGUUAGGACCAGUAACUAGAUUAUUGAGACCACUAUGAUAAUACUUUGAACCAAAUGUUAAUGCUUGGUAACAGAAUUGGGGAGCAGCAUCUGGUUCUUAUAUAGCCUUAAGGAUUAAUUUUAGAGAUCCUCAAGGAAUUAAACUUAGGGAAUUUCAGAAAUGUAGACUGCAAAAGCAGUAUGCAGGAAGAGGUGGAGUUGAUUUUGUUUAUGAGGGUGUGUGAAAACUAAAACUGAGCGGGAUAUCAUGGUAUCUGGUUGGACAGUAUUGGUCCUUCAUGCUUUGGCCAUAUUGUAUAAUGGAGCUUUUACCAAAGAUGUAUGAGAAGCAUAAGGCUACAAAAAGUCAACUCUUCAAAGUAAAACUCUUGACAAACAUUUUACUUAAAGCAGAUGAGAAAAGGUGCUAUGUUGUAGGCUCCUGAUGGUGCAGAGGGAUUUUUGAAUUCAAAAUGCAACUGAAGUAUAAAGUUCUCAGUUUCACUUUAGUAGAAUAUCUCUAGAAGCUGAUAGACACAUCUAAGAACAUUUUAGAACAGUUUAGUUGCCAUCUAAGAACACAUAAGAACAGUUUAGUUGCCUUUGAAAUUCCCAAAGCUCCACCAUAAAUUUAAUUCUUAGUGUUUUAAAUGAUUACAUUUAAGGUACAUAAACAUGGGUUAUACAAAUAUCAAUGCUGUAGUAACAUCCAGAAACAAGACAAGCACAAAGGUAUAAAUGCCUAAACUGGAGGAAACUUGAAACCCUCAUGUUAAUUCUUAAAUGUGGAAUUUCUAACUCGUGACAGUUAGGUUGGUAGACAGCCAUUUUUUUUGUCUUAAAAUAACUGGGGGCAUAGUUAAAAUUUUAUACAUCAAGUAAUUGCUAUUAAUUGUUGCAGGUGAGAUGUAGUUAUUUUUAGUUUAUUUGAAAUGUCUAACUGAAAGUGGUGGGGGGGUGGGAAGCAAAUCUUUGAAGUUUGGAAAACCCUAAACCUUUUGGUUAGAAAUUGUAAUUUUCACUUACGUUUUCUUUAAGGAUAAAAAUGGUUGAUAAUUGAUGUAGUUAAAUUGAACCAUAACUAUUGGUGAUCAUGGAGCAGGUAAUUACAGCCUGCAGAAAAAGUUAUAAUCUAAGAAUUUAAAAAAUAAGAUCCUGAAGUUUUUGUUUAAUUGCAUCAAUUUCUGUGUGUAUGUGAAUUUAUAAACUGCAGUAAGUUUUGAAUGAGGUCAAUCUUGUCUAAUAUGAGUAAAUGAGUCUGUAGACUGGUCUCCCCACACUGAAAAGUACAGUACUUGGAAUUGUGCUCUUUAUGGUUGUAGUGUUGGUGAAGCACUAAUAUGCAGAAAAUAAAGGAAUUACACAGCGCA